AUGGAAUCGAACAAUACUACAAAUCCUCAACACAUGAGUACCUUUACCGAGAAUAUCUCUCUAUUUAAUGGUAUUUUCAUCGUUCCAACUAUUUUAGGUAUUUUGGGCAAUUCGCUUGUAUUUCGUACUAUCUAUACCUGGGAUAAAUAUUAUACACCAACCUAUAUCUUGAUGGCGAAUAUGGCUAUAUCUGAUCUCAUUACUUUGGUGGCAUCAUUGGCUUACUCUAUCGCUAGUAUCCUCAGUUGGCUAUUCAAUGCUUCAUUAUCAUCAUGGCCAAUUACUUGUCGGGUGCUAUCCUAUCUUAUUACCGCAUUUCAUGGGGUAUCAAGUUUAAGCUUAACAGCAAUUAGUUACGAUCGUUUUAAUACCAUCGUUCAGGCGUCUUUAGAUCAAUGUCCACCUUUUUUCCGUCGAAAAAAAGCUUUAUCAAUUGUUUUGAGCUCAAUUUGGAUAGCUGGUAUGACUUUAGCGCUUCCUUAUCCGUGGAUUAUCACAAUUGAUUCGCGACUGCCGUAUAUUUGCGAGAUGGGCCAAAUUAUUAAUACGGCUAAUCUUGUUCUUUAUAGCAUUAGUUGUUUAUUCUCCACAUUUUUACCGUCUUUAAUCAUUGUCAUUUUGUAUAUUAAAGUUGUUUUGUUUAUACACCGAAAGUGGCGUGUCUCGUCAUCUCUUUCAGCAAAGUAUAGCAAGGAUGAAGAGAAUAAGAAAAAAGAUGUUCUGAAAAUGCUUAUAGUUACUACCACUAUAGCAAUAAUUUUUACACUUCCCCAUAUUUUUGUCUACGUAAUAGCGACUGUAUUUAAUUCGACAUUGUCCAAUGUUAUCAUUACAUUACCACUCUAUCUUCGAUACUUGCUCUAUUUUACAUAUAAAUUUAGUGUGAUGGCUUGCGCCCAUAGUCCACUAAUUUAUAGCUUGAUGAAUCGUAAAUUUCGUCAAGAUAUGAAAAUAACUUUUCGACAAAGUUGUAAUAGUUCAACUUCCUUAAACGCAAAAACAUCUCAUAAAGUAGGAGUUACAACCGUGGUAACUACUUGCGAUGAUUAUGUCAGUCGUCAAAACUUUCGAUAUCUUGAUUCUGUCGAAAUGAUGGAAAAAAUUGACCCCCUUUAA